AUAAUAUUACGUUUUAAAAUGAUAAGCUAUAUUGUUUUAUUUUCAACUGGUAUAAUAUUGGAUAUAAAUAUUAUGAAUUAUUAAAAUAAUGAAUAAUAUUUCUAUUUUUUUAUUUCUAUGGGUUAUUGCUGGGGAAUACCCUAGCGUGUUUUAAAAAUUUCCCAAUCUUUAAUUUUGUUAAAUUGGGUCUAUUUCUUUCAUUGCUUGUAUUAUAUGGUUAUAAUUAAACAUGGCAGUUGAGCAGGACCCCAAAGUACAGAUUGAGCAAUCAAUUGAAGCUGGAACAAAGUUCUGCAACAUUUUCUACGAACAUUUCGACAAAACAAGACAUAGAAUUGGUAAAAUGUACCACGAUACGGCACAGCUCGUUUGGGAGGGAAAUGGAGUAGUUGGAAAAGCCAACAUUGAAAAAUAUUUGCAAGACCUUCCUGGUUGUUUUCACCGACUCGAUUGGUUCGAUUGUCAACCAAUUCUGUCACAGUUCACUAGCGGGAAAGAGACCAUUGUCGUGGCAACGGGCGGGACCGUGAAAUAUGACUCACAUCCCAUGAGAGGAUUUAUGCAAAACUUUAUGCUCACAAAUGUUGACGGAACCUGGAAAAUUAUUACGGACUCUUUCAGAUUGCAGAAAACGUUUGUGCAAUCUUAGACCGGCUUGAUUUGCUUUAAAAAAAAGGCAAUUUUUAAAGUAAAUACAAGAGAAAAUGUGAAACUCUAAAAUCUCUCCAUAACUUUUCUUUUAUACUGCAUAACUUGGCUGUGCAAGCUUGAACAUUUAGGCCUGCUGGCUUUGCAAAAAGAAAAACCUUGAGGGUAUUACAAAUAAAAAUGUUAUACUUUGGACAG